AUGUCCUCAGCCGUCGCCAACGCCUCGCCCGUCCCCGUCAAGCACUCGUCCCCCAUCCCCAUCGACCCCGCCCACCACCACCGCCGCCGCUCGCCCUCCCAGACACCCUCCGACGCCUCCGACGCCUCCGCGUCCCCGUCGUCCCCGUUCCCACUGCGCACCCCGCCCACACUGCCUCUCCCCCUCAACAACCCCCGCGUCGCCGCCAACUCGGGCGCCGCCGCCGUCUCCCCGUCCUCCCCCAUCCUCUCCUACUUUCUCUCUCAGAGCCCCACGAAGAACCCCGCCGCAGCGACCUUCCCCUUCCGGGCUAGGGGCUUUGGCAGUGCCGUCACCGAUGACGACGACGAGGCCUUUGCGUCCCGCGACCGCGACGCCACUCCAACCCCUACCCAUGCCCGCAGAGCAAGCACUGCGUACGCCGGUGGGCGCUUCUCGCAGCAGUCCUCUAGCUUUGUCGCUCCCUCUCCGCAAGCUGCCCCAGACAGCCGUGGAGCAGGUCUCCUCAGGCGCCUCAGCUUGAGCGGCGCCUUCGCUAGGCCACCCAUCCCGGGCCCCACUUCCCCCUCUGCCAACGUUCAUGUUCCCCCGCCUACCCCUAUGUCCCCCAGCGCAGCUCCGCCAUCGUCCUUCGCUGCUGAGCCAGUCAGCAAUAUGUCUUCGGUUCCGAACCCGCCUGCUUCCUCCUCCCCGAGGAGGAAGCCACGGAGCGCUACUGUGAAUACGGGGUCGAUCAGACGCGCACCCAGUCCUAUGGGUGAGAGGAUCUUGAAGGGGCAUUUCGACGGGUUCAACUAGAGGCGGUCGGUGGGAGCCAUGAAGAUUGGGGGGGGGGGGCCUCGUCGGGUCGUCAAGUCUCUCGUUUGGGUAUCAACAGCAACAGCACAUAUCAACUUCAACGUCAACGCGCAAUAUUACCUUCGGCAAGCAACCAUAUUAGCUAUCAUACCUCAGCUUAUUACUGCCCAUCCAUCCCCUGAAAACCAUCCGUUUUGUUCGGCUUCAUUCCAGUUCUGCGUUCUGUCUGUCCCGUUGCAGUACUCGCUUUCGUCGCAGCUCAUACGAUACUGGGUUUAUGGUCCUGGCGUCUACUUCAAUGUUGACAGUGGGCUACUGGCCUUGGCAUAACCAUUCUUGCCAGUUCGGUCCGACCGCAAACUCGGGCUGCAUCGUACGUGUCGCUCACAGCUUCCCCAUCUGCCUCACCUGGUCGUACUUCCUUGCCUGCCAGUUCUCUUGGACGGACAACACUCAUUCUCGGCGACCAAUUGAAGCGGAUGCGCCACUGGGCUCGUGGGUCACGACAGGUACCCGCUUCGCCCUCGACAUCCGUCCAUCUGGUUGCUCUUGUAUCACCUCUGCACAUAUCGCCUCCGCCUCACUAAUACUGGCAAAAACGCGACACAACAUAGAGUGUUAGCCUUCUCGGAUCGGAUUGGGAUGGGUUUGUUUGUUUGUUUGUAUCAUCAGUGUACCGAGUCGGGCGGUUUCCUUUUCGUUCUUUCUGUCUGUCUGUAAAAUUGAUGAGUGUUGCAAUUUGUAUCAUCUGUACGUUACGUUGUACGACUUGUACUUGAAUUGCCAAGCUGUUAGGGCAUUGCGCAUA